AAGUGAUGAUAUGUUUCGACAAAUUCAGCAAUUGCCCAAUAUACUAUUUGGGAAACCAUCCCAAAGGCAGGUGAUUGAAGAAUUUGGAAAUUAGCAUAACUUGGUUAAAGGUAGUACCUUUUGGGAGCUUCCUUAUUUGAGCACAAACUUAAAUGUAAUGAAUUAUGAGAAAAACCUUUUUGAAAAUAUAUCUUUCACACCGUCAUGGAUGACCCAUUGAUGAAGGACAACUUGAAGGCAAAGAUGGAUAUGGAAUUGUAUUACAAUAGGCCAAGUCUUUGUAUACUAGAAAAAGGCUUUAAUGUGGGCAAAAAACUAAAGAGCACUUAUGUCUUAAAGAGGGAGUAAAGAAAAUCAAUGUGCUAAUAGCUAAAGAAUCUUAGAUUUCCUAAUGAUUUUGCAUCCAACAUCUCUCAAUGUGUGAAUAUGCAAAAGAUAAGGAGAUUUAGCAUAUGAAGAUCGUCGAACCAAUAUGCCAACUUGAAAGAAUCUUCCCUCCUUUUUCUAAUUCAAUGGAGCAUCGAACAAUCCACCUUCCAUAUAAAGCUAAGGUGGGGGGACCAGUGCAAUUCAGUUGGAUGUAUCCAUUUGAGAGGUAUUAUUAGAAUACAUAAUUUUUUAAUAUUUUAUAUCUAUAAUAUAAAACAUAAUUUUCCUUUUAAUUUAUUAAUUAUUUAAAAACUUAUUUUUCAUGAAUUAGAUGAAUGCAUGGAUUAAAGGCUUUAGUGAAAAAUAAAGUCCAUCUAGAAGGAUCAAUAUGCGAGAAUUACAUAAUGAGUGAGAUUUCAUACUUUAUCUUGCUUUAUUUUGAAGAAGAAGUUGAGACAAGAGGUGAUCACAUCCCCGAGAAUCUUAUUAGCCUAGGCCCUUGUGUUAAUAUUGACCUUUUAAUAUUUAAUAAUCCUAGAAAACUAAUUGGUUCUUUACAACAACGAGUAUUGACAACAGAGGAGUGUAAUACUGCAAUGUAUUAUAUUCUAAUGAAUUGUGAAGAAUUGAAGGGAUAGAUUGAGUGAGUACAUUUCCCUAAUCCUUUUCCUUAAUGACAUUUAAGAAAUUAAGUGAACUGUUUUAAUUUACACAUAAUUAUAAUGGAUACUUAAUUAAGUUUUUUUGAAGAGGAAGAAUGUCAAAAUGACUCCCCAAUAAAUAUAGAUAAAAUGUUCCAAUUAUCUUGUGUCAUGGCUUGAAAAAUUGUUCAGUUCAAUCCUAAAUUUUAAUUAUUGUUAAGUAAUUAUUAUAUACUUAUAACUAAUAAAAUAACUCAUGUGAUAUAGGUUUUAUAUGAUGAGUUUGAGGGCAAUGAUGAGCAUUUGAUUAGCUUGGCUCGUGGCUUUUCUGAGAUAGUUUCAUGCUAUAAAGGUUUUUGGGUAAACGGUUUUUGAUUUUACACUGCCACAUAUGGAAAAAACAAGAAAAUAAUGAAUAACAAUGUGUAUCAUGGGAACUAUGGGAAUAUAAUUAGAUUUGGAUUUUUAUGGGUUGUUGUAGGAAAUGAUUGAGUUUCAAUAUGUUGGCCUCAAACAUCAAAAGGCGGUUGUUUUAUUUAAAUGCAAUUGAUAUAAAAUUCCUCUUGCACAAGGAAUUGUGGUUGACCAAAAACAUCUUCUUGUUGAUAUUAAUCCAAAUAGAAAAUUGAGAACUUAUGAGCCUUUCAUCUUGGCAAGUCAAGCUAAACAAGUGAAUUACACUUCAUAUCCAUCACAUAAUUCAAUCAGGAAUGGAUGGGUUGCUGCAAUGAAAUGCAAGGUUGGAAGUAUUAUUGAGAUGUCAGAUGAGUAAGAGGAACAACAUUAUAAUUUAGAAUCCAUUUUUCAAGAUGAUGACCCUUAAGCUCCCUAACCAACCUAGUUAGAUCUCAUAUUAUAUGAACCUAUUUAACAUACUGAUGGGAUGUAGAAUUUGAAUAUGUGGAUGAUAACAAAGAAAUUGAGGAAAAGGAUAAGGAGGAGAAAGAAUUUGAAGAUUAUUAUAUAUCUGAGGAAGAAAAUAUCGAAUAUAUU